UAAAAAGGAAGAACAUCAAAUACUUAAUUUUCUGUAUAUAUACUCGGCGGUUACAAAUCGUUUUAGAAACGGAGUGGAGGAUUUAAAAAUUGUAAUGGCUCGUAUUGUUUUCGAACUAUUCCUUUGCUCGCUUCUUUUCGUUGUAAUUACCGCACAAGAAAACCAUUCAGACACAAAAUCACUAAAGGAGAAAAUCUUGAACAUCUUCAACAGAAAUGGGAACUUAUAUCAAGCUUCAGAAGGUCCAGGCCUGAAUUCGACUGAAGUCAUAGGACCUAAUGACCCAUGUCACUCACAACCUUGUCAAAACGAUGGUGAAUGUAAAGAAGAUACGAAGACUUUGGGAGCUUAUAAAUGCGAGUGCAAGACCGGAUAUUCUGGAACGAAUUGCGAAAUAGAAUGCAACUGUGGUGAAGAUUCUAACUGUACGUAUGGUUAUUACGGCGGAAAAACCUGUAUUUGUAAAGAAGGAUAUGGAGAUAAAAGUGGAAAAUGUGAAAAGUGCAACUGUGGUGAAGGCGGCUUUAACUGUACGUUUGGUUAUUACGGCGGUAAAAGCUGCAAUUGUAAAGAUGGAUAUGGAGAAAAAGGUGACAAAUGUGAAAAGUGCUACUGUGGACCAAAUGCUGGCUGUAGAUUCGAUAAAUAUGAUGGGAAAAAGACAUGUUUUUGUCUAGAAGGAUACAGAUAUAUAGAUGGGAAAUGUAAAGAUCCGUGCAUCCCCAAUCCAUGCCAGAAUGAAGGCAAAUGUAAAGUGGAGUACGUUGAUUAUACCUGCACAUGCAAAUUUCCCUAUUCGGGAAGGAACUGUGAGAAAGAUUGUGGGUGCGAAAAUGGUACAUGCGUUGAGGACCAAUUCGGAAACGCAAUCUGUCAGUGUCCGCCUGGGUUUGGUCUCUAUUUAAAUAAUAUAUGCAGAGCAUGUGAAUGUGGCGGAGAAGCAAGCUGUGAAUUUAAUGGAUCGGCAGCUGCUACUGUGAAGACUUGCUUCUGUAAAGAAGGAUACCAAAAUAUUAUGAAUAUAUGCAAGGAGUGUUACUGUGGCUCAGCUUCAUCGUGCUUCUUCGAAAAUUAUGAUGUUAAGCGAUGCAUUUGUUCAGAUGGAUUUAUGGAAAUUGACGGAAUAUGCAAAGAUCCUUGCAACCCAAAUCCAUGCCAAAACAAAGGGAAAUGCAAGUUCUCUAAUGGAAAUUACAGCUGCGCUUGCAUGCCUCCGCACUCAGGAAGGACAUGUGAAAUAGACUGCAGCUGUGGCCCGAAUGGCAAAUGCUCUUUGGACAUUCAUGGAAACAAAGAAUGCUACUGUCGACGUGGUUUUGUCGAAUUUGAAGGAUCAUGCAAAGAAGACAAAAAACAAAACACCGCCCUUCUUAUACUGCUUGGAAUUAUACUGGCUACGCUCUUUAUCGGAAUCGUUCUUUUUGCGUGUGUGUUAUGGAGGAAAAGGAAAUAAAUGCAAACAGCACUCUUCUCAAAUCAAUUAGAAAGUACUGGAAUAUAUGAUUACAUCCAGUUAUCCUAAUCACAUUCUCCUAACAUGCAUUUUUUCUGGAAGUAUUUUGUAACUGAGAAAAACUUUUAUAUUUUGUGUGCUAAAUUUAAAUAAAUUUCACAGACUUUUCUUUGCAAGAUUAUAAA